UGAGGUAACUUACUGUAAACAGGUUGAUUUUCAUACUAAGCAGGAAGUUUUUCAUUAAUCAGCAGCGUCGGUCUUUGUUAGUUUUCUCCUCCUCUCCUCUCUUGUUUUCUCCUGUCAGAAUACAAACCCUCUCCUCACUGGGUCUGACGGUCACACAGAGUCGCUGAACAUGUUUCUUGGGGGGUUUCUGGUUUUACUGAGUGUGCCGCUGUCGUCCACGGUGAGGGUCUUAACAUGGCCACCACUCAACUGCUCCAGACAGGGUUUGAAUUGUACAGUCAGAACAAGUAACUGUAUGGACAGAGGAUGGCUGGUUGUGAAUGAAUACACUCCCAGCCGUCCAGAGGAGCUGCAGGUGUCUGUGGACAUGAGGCAGGAUGAGAGAGGACACCUGCAGCCUGUCCUGGUGUCUAACUGGACGAUACAGGAUGAUGGCAGCAUCCGUUACCUGAAAGCCACUGAGCUUCAUGUCCUGGUGACUUCCACCAAUCAGAACCUGUGUGUUCGAUAUUCCUUCAAAGACAAACUGCCAAUGAGAAGUCCAACAGGGGAAAAGUGGUCAUUCUCAGCUAACAUGGUGGUGUUGGACCCUGGUCAUACAUACAGGGUCUCUGUAUUCAACAUCCCCAAGCCGGAGCUGGGCCACAGCAGCUAUGAUGUCAGCACUGUUGUCACUGUUCCUGAUUGUCACGACUCCAAAAUGCAGAUGACCGAGUUUUGCAUAGAGAGAGGAAGUCUGUGGCAGCCUAACAUCAGUCUGGCUCAGAUCAGCACAGUCAGGGGAAGGUCUGCACUGGCUGUCAGCUUCACUCCUGACACACUGUGUGAAAAGUACAUGGUUAUUGUUAGCUGCUCCACUUCCCAACAUGUACAACGUUCAUACAAGGCCAAUCACAGCACUCUGAUUGUAACAUUCGACCUUGAUAAAUGGCCAAGCUCCUGUUGCCAGUUUGAUGUUGAGAUCAAACCUCUUUUCCCAGAAUGUGGCCAGGACUGUGCCCGUCACAAAGGAACUUGGGAUAUUUGUCCUGUAAUUCCAACAGACCCCCCAGAUGUUCCUUCAUAUACAUUUGUUGCCCUGGGAGUGGUGCUAAUGUGUGUACUGAUGGCAGUUAUUAUAUAUGUCGUCUGCAGGAAGCCAGCACAUAAGGAAGAAAAUAAUCCACCGCAGCCACAACCACAGCCACAACCACAGAUUAAACAACCCCCCAAAGUGUUGAUCAUCUACUCCCAGGACCACUACCUCUACAGGGACAUUGUGCUAAAGCUCUGUGCCUUCCUCCAGGCCAAGUGUGGCACCAAGGUGCUGGUAGAUCUGCUAGACUCCACCUCGGUUGGCAUGGUGGGUCGCGUCCGCUGGCUUGAGUGGCAACGGCAACAGUUGAAAAAUCCAUCAGACAAAAUAUUGGUGCUGUGCUCACAAGGUGUCCAGGCAAAGUGGAGGGCUUUGUGCGGUCAAGGCCGGGUGACACUCAAGGAGGACCUUCUCUCCCCCACAGACGACAUGCUCACCCCCUUUCUCCACCUUUUCCUACCAGAUAUGCACCAGACAGGCAUGCUGGGCAAGUAUAUGGUGGCUUACUUUGAUGACAUCAGCAGUGAACAAGAUGUACCGUCAGUUUUUGACAUCACAGUCAAAUACAAAUUGAUGAAGCAAUUUGAAGAGCUGUACUUCCGCAUUGUGGACAUUGAAAAGUAUCAGCCAGGUCAGGUCAUUCACAUCGAGGGCAUCGGUGGGGACGAAUAUUUCAACUGUCCCUCAGGCAGAGACCUAAAGAAUGCCAUUGAAACUUUCCAGGCCUACCAGUUGGAAAAUCCUGAUUGGUUUGAGAAGCAGUGUAUGGACAGUGAGGAGGAGAUCAGACCUGAAGUCAACCUGCUCAUUGGCCAGCUGCCGAUCCCUCCAGUCCUACAGUGUGUUCCUCUAAUCAGAGAUGGCCCUCCUGUCUAUGUCCAUGAGGUCGAAAUAACUGAAAAUGGUAACAGUGUUCAUGUCCUCACGCCUGAAGUGAACCUACAGCACCAGUUGCCUUCAGUGGUAGAAUUUACACCAGUAGUGAACCCUGAGUGCAAACAUCAGUAUCCAUCAAACAUAAAUCCUCACAGCCCCAGUCCAGAAUCUGUCUACAUAGUUGAGCCUGUUUUUAACAAGUCACCAUCAUCAAGACAGAACUGGCUCCCAACUGAAGAAGAACCACUGGGUCAGAUUCCCAGUGAGGAUGAUGAAGAGGAUUCACUGCUGCCUACAAGCCGACUCUCAUCUCAUUUGGACUUCAGAAACUCUGUCCUACAGGACUCCUUCAACUCAGUCCCUCCAGAAUCCUCAUAUGCAACCAUGCGCAGUGAGUAUUUCCCUCCAGGUGAAAUCAGCCAGUCCCUGCCUGUGGAGAUGGAGGAUGAUGAAGUGGAGCCCAGUGGAAAGGGUCCAAAUAGUGGAUCUGAUCAGGGCUACAUCUCCAAAAUUUCCUCUCAGCAUGAACCCCUUUUCAAAGAGGAUCCACUGCUAGCUCUAGCAAGGCUGCAGGAGGAGCUGUUUGAGCAGAAUCUCAGAUACUCUGAUACUCCUUCAGGUCCUGAAGGGAACUGAUAUUGAAAGUCCAAAGUUCACCCCCAGCAAUAAACGUUUCAACCAACAUUACCUGUGUGAUCACCAUAAGAGUCAAAAGUAGGAGGGUGCAAAGCAUCAAGACAGAGGUAUUUCUGUGGCCAGUAAAGUGUGGGGCUCACAAUGCAACAUAUUAAAUGUUUAUGUAUGACUUUCGGAAUAUAAAAAUCCCUACAAUAUGAUUAUGUUAAUAUAAUCAGUGUGAUCAUACCUUCAUGGAACAAAGUGACUGAUGAAAGGUACAUUUUUAAACUUAUUGUGGAUGUUGCUCCUGGAUAUGGUCUGAUUUGGUAUGAACAAUUCUUGACCUAUUUGAAAAGAGCUGUUGGACUUCUUGGAUGUAAUCAUUUGCACUUCAUUUAAUGAUGAUGCCAGCAUCUAGUGGUUAUAAAUGAAACUGCAGCUGAAUGAACGUGGUUGAGGUUCAUUGCUCAGACAGGAGGCUGCAAGGCUGGAUUUCCAACCAGGCAAAGCUGAAACUGCCCAGUGGCUUAUCUUGUAAAAAUGUAGCAUCUAUGGGAUGUAGUUCUAAUGUAGUUCUUAAUUAUUUCAGUUUAUAUUGUGUUUACAUGAUGCAUUAUACUAUAUACAUUUGCUCAUAACCAGUACAUACACACAAACACAGAGUUACUACAACUCAUUUUUACCCCAGGGGCCACUGCUGGGUUAAUCUGGCUGUGGGAAGCUUAGUUGGAUAUUAAUUGAGUUGGCUCACCAAUCCGUAUGAUUCUUUUAUCCAUUACAUCAUUCAUUAUUCCAUGAUGUUGAAUCUAGAAAGAAGCCUUAGUCUUCUUAGGUUCUGAUGGACUGACAACUAAAUCUGAGGUUUAUUGUUAAGGUUUAAAUUGUUUAUUUUUUUCCUGCUGUAAAGGAAAUAUUUUGAGGUGAUGUGUUAUCUUCUGCAAUUGAACUUAUUCAUAUGAACAGGUAACAACAAACAAUAAAGGGAUUCCAGGAAUGAGCAUAUAUCAUAAAUAACAUUUUUAUCAGCGAUUGUUUAAGGCUUCAGUCUUCUUUAACAGUAAAGGUUAGGGUUUAUUACUGAAUCUAAUAGCACUUAUCUUUGUUUCAUGAACAUCUAUUUUCCUAAUAAAUAAACACUGAACAGUA